CCUGAUCUUCCGGGCGUCCACACCCCUUUCAAACAAAUGUUAGACACGGAACAAGGAAGUUAUACACCUGCUGCUGCUGCCUCUUUAUCUCACUUACAGCGCCUUGUGGCCUUGAUAAUUAGUGUAGGUGUUGUGAAGCCCUAUCAUGGCAGAAGCUGAGGAGGAAGGAGUGCCAAGUGAAGAACCGCAGCAUAAGCUCAGGUCUUCCGGCGGCCUGGAGGACACCCAGCCCGCUGCUGCCGCUGCCCGCACAGAGGAGCGAGCUGCGGGGGGCAUCUCUGUGGAGUCAUCUCUGGACCAGUUUAAGCGCAGGAGGUUCUUCGUGUUGAGGCCUGGCACUCUGAAUCAGGCCAUCAAAGACGUUGAAGCUCUAGUGGAUAAAGAAGUAGAUGGCAACGUUCGCAGCGUUUGGCUGCUGGCAGAGGUGGACCACUGGAACAAUGAAAAAGAACGUCUUGUUCUCAUCACAGAACACACUCUCCUGGUCGUCAAGUACGACUUUGUCAUGUUCAUCUGUGAGCAAAUCCAGAAGAUCCCACUGAACUUUGUGGACCGCAUCUCCUAUGGCACCUUCAUCUUCCCGAAGCAGUCCAUUCUUCAGAGAGAGGGGGAGGGAAUGCGAGUCUUCUGGGACCGGCUGAGAGAGCCCACCUUUUCCUCCAGGUGGAACCCCUUCUCAACUGACUUCCCCUUUAUCACCUUCACCUACCACCCCGUGAGAGACAUCAGUGACACAUUCACUGCGCUCUGCGAUAUCCAGAAUUUUCGUGAGCAACUCAAGGAUGCGGCGCAGAAAGUCCACGCCAUCAAGCCAAUUCCUGGGAAGGCCAAUGGUGUCCUGGUCCUGAAUCAGCCCAUUCUCAUCGAGGCUUACGUGGGCCUCAUGUCUUUCCUUGGGAACCAGAACAAACUGGGAUACUGCAUGGCUCGAGGAAACAUUGGCUUCUAACUGUUCUUCAUGUAUGUAAUAGUUUUGUUGUACUUAAACUUUUAUAAGUCUUAAAUUCAUGUUGAUAAGUUUGUUUACAGAGAGUUCAUUCACAUUCUAAGGAUUGGACAAAGAAUCUUCCUUAUUCAGGUUAGCGUCACAACCCUGGAUUAUCAGGAUGUUCUGUAUGAGGUUUAAACAACUGUGUGAUCUCCCCCGCUGCUUAUUACCAGAGUGUGGUGUCUGAAUACUCAGAAAUAUCCACAUUUCAACACUGCUCUUCACUGGAUGACGGAUCCCCCGCUGCUCUCAAGGAGCUUUGUAUUUGCUCCUCAGUGAUAUGGUAAUUCAACUCUUUCGCAAUGGGACUCCUUUCUACCUCCCCCGGUGUCUCUGUUAAAAGCUCAUUCCCAUGCAAUUCUGCCCCUUAGAGAUUCACUGGAGCAUGAGGGCACAUUUUUCUGUUUAGUUUUAUUGUUUGUAUUGUAUUUUUACAGUGCAUGCAGUGUUGGAAUAUGUAUGUUUACUGUGUUGACCUUGUUCAGUAUCAUCUGUUUGUUUUGUGAGCCUGUCACAGGUGAGAAGAUACAGGCUUACAUAUUUUGUCCUCUUAUCCUUUUAAGUGGUAUAAAAUAUGCAAAUUCAUACGCGCUGUUUAGUGCACUUCAUGAGUGAAUUAUCAUACCCAUGUCCUGCACUAGUCUUUCCACUGAACUGACCAAAACUGACCAAUCAAAGUAGAAGGAACACAGCCAUACUGGGAUUAGUAACUGUAAUGUAAUGACUGAAUUUUAAAUUGUAACCCCCAGACUACUCAUUACUGAAACAAGUAAUCCUAUUACUGUAACUCAUUAAUAAUUUAUCUAUAAUUGAAAUCAAUUGAAUGACCAUAAAUGGUAGCAAAAACAGGAGUUGAUGUCAUGAAAAUAUAUUUAUCGCAUUAGAGCGUUAAAACCUUUAAAAGUGAAACUGUAUAUGGUAAAAAUACAGUUCUUUUCACAAAUUACGCAUCCGUUCCUGAGAGACAAAUACAAGUGAAUGCAGACAAUCUAAGGUUUUCUCUUCAGGAAACAAGGUUAAGUAGCGAGUGUCCAAGGGAUCCAUGCAGCUGUUAUUCCACAAGGUAAAGUAUAUGGUUAAGUUCAGCACAUUGAGUAUCACGUAUCAUAACCUUAGGGUUUGAAGGGGUUAACAUGUUUCCUCCCAGAAUGAGGACGUGUCUCUAAUCCUGGAUCAAGCGCUGCUCUGGCCUGGAGCAAAGCGCCACAUCCAUAUUUCUGCUCUUCAAGUUGUAAAAGAUGUUCAGAAAACAGGAUUACCUGCCAGAUAAAUGCACGUCCUUAAAGCUGUGUAGUUUAGCCCCUCAAAAAAAAACUUGAACAGAGUUUUACAUUUACAUCAUCUGAUGAAUCACAGGAGUGACAUUUGGAAAAAUAUACAGCUAAGUGUAUUUAUUUGUUUGUUUUGUUUUGGUUUCCAUGGAUCACAUUAAUACCUGUAAUCAUUGUAUUCUCUAAUUGUCUUAGCUGCAGGUAAUGCAGUUACCGAGCACACUGAGAAGUAGCAUGACAAUAAAGGCUUCAAAGAAUAUAACUUCACAAAUAAUUAAAGAUGUAAUGUUUGUGAUCACGUUGUUUGCUGUUCAAAUGAUGCAGUUUACAUGUUCGGUCAUGUUUGAAUUGAGCAUCAGCGGAGCUCCAACCUGCCCUUUCCUCUUGCUUUCUGUCAACCAUUACUAUUGUAACAGUUAAGUUUAAUAUCUAGAUGUGAUGAGCUCCUAAUGCCACGACGCAGAAUGAAUAUGGGCCAGUGUGUGCGCAGAUGUGUAAGCAGGAGACCGGAGGGAGCGUGGGUGUUGUUGUGUAUGAUCAAUCUCUGUCCUCAGAUGCCCCUUUUUCUUCUUUUUUUUUUUUUUUUUUUUUUUUUUUGCAUAAGAGAGCAUUAUGUUGAGCCCUUGAGGUACUUCAUCUGAAUUAAAGCUCUGAUUUGCUCUUAACGUUUCAUAAACAACCUGUACUCAAGAUUCUGUACUGACUGAGAAUGUGCUCACAUACUGUUAGCAGAACUUUAGUUUAGUAAACACAGUUAAUUAUGAGAAAUAAAGACGAUCAGAGAUUUGAUGGAAGGA